AUGGGCACAGCAGGACUCAACAAUGGUCCCCACAGGUACAGCAGGACCCUGCUCAGUCCUGAUGAGUUCUCAGUGACAUUCAAUGACCCCCGGAGCAAACACAAGUUUAAGAUCCACACCUACUCCAGCCCCACCUUUUGUGACCACUGUGGAUCGCUGCUGUAUGGACUCAUCCACCAGGGGAUGAAGUGUGACACCUGCAUGAUGAACGUCCACAAGCGCUGUGUGAUGAAUGUCCCUAGCCUCUGUGGCACUGACCACACAGAGCGCCGCGGCCGUAUCUACAUCCAGGCUCACAUCGACAGGGAGGUCCUCAUCGUUGUCGUAAGAGAUGCUAAAAAUCUUGUACCUAUGGACCCCAAUGGCUUGUCAGAUCCCUACGUCAAACUGAAACUGAUUCCUGAUCCCAAAAGUGAGAGCAAGCAGAAGACCAGAACCAUCAAGUGCUCUCUCAACCCUGAGUGGAACGAAACCUUCAGAUUUCAGCUGAAGGAAUCAGACAAAGACAGAAGACUGUCCGUAGAGAUCUGGGAUUGGGACCUGACCAGCAGGAAUGAUUUCAUGGGGUCUCUGUCCUUUGGGAUUUCCGAACUGCAGAAGGCUGGCGUGGAUGGCUGGUUCAAGUUACUGAGCCAGGAAGAGGGCGAAUACUUCAAUGUGCCUGUGCCACCAGAAGGAAGCGAGGGCAAUGAAGAGCUGCGGCAGAAGUUUGAGAGAGCCAAGAUCGGCCAGGGUACCAAAACUCCAGAAGAAAAGACAGCCAACACCAUCUCCAAAUUUGACAACAAUGGCAACAGGGACCGGAUGAAACUGACUGAUUUUAACUUCCUGAUGGUGCUGGGGAAAGGCAGCUUUGGCAAGGUCAUGCUGUCAGAGCGGAAGGGUACAGAUGAGCUCUAUGCUGUGAAGAUCCUGAAAAAAGAUGUGGUGAUCCAAGAUGACGAUGUGGAGUGCACAAUGGUGGAGAAGCGGGUGCUGGCUCUGCCUGGGAAGCCGCCAUUCCUGACUCAGCUCCAUUCCUGCUUCCAGACCAUGGACCGCCUGUACUUUGUGAUGGAGUAUGUGAACGGAGGUGACCUCAUGUACCACAUUCAACAAGUUGGCCGUUUCAAGGAGCCCCACGCUGUAUUCUAUGCUGCAGAGAUUGCCAUCGGUCUGUUCUUCUUGCAGAGCAAGGGCAUCAUUUACCGUGACCUAAAACUUGACAACGUGAUGCUGGAUUCUGAGGGCCACAUCAAAAUCGCUGACUUUGGCAUGUGCAAGGAGAACAUCUGGGAUGGGGUGACAACCAAGACAUUCUGUGGCACUCCAGACUACAUUGCCCCAGAGAUCAUCGCUUAUCAGCCCUAUGGAAAGUCUGUGGACUGGUGGGCAUUUGGAGUCCUGCUGUAUGAAAUGUUGGCUGGCCAGGCACCUUUUGAAGGGGAGGAUGAGGAUGAACUAUUCCAGUCAAUCAUGGAGCACAAUGUGGCAUAUCCCAAGUCUAUGUCCAAGGAAGCUGUGGCCAUCUGCAAAGGGCUAAUGACCAAACACCCAGGCAAACGUCUGGGUUGUGGACCUGAAGGGGAGCGAGACAUUAAAGAACAUGCAUUUUUCCGGUAUAUUGACUGGGAGAAACUUGAACGCAAGGAGAUUCAGCCACCAUAUAAACCAAAAGCUAGAGACAAGCGAGACACCUCCAACUUCGACAAAGAGUUCACCAGGCAGCCUGUGGAACUGACUCCCACUGACAAACUCUUCAUCAUGAACUUGGACCAAAAUGAAUUCGCUGGCUUCUCAUAUACUAACCCAGAGUUUGUCAUUAAUGUGUAG